CACAAGGCAGUAAGCAAAAUGUGAAGACCAAGAAUGAGGACGCUGUGGUUGUAGGAAAGACGACGAAAGUGAUGAUUUGUGUAAAGGAUCGUUUUGUGAACCUGUGAAUAAACAGGCAGAGAAUCAACUACCAGAAAGUGCUAAUGCAGUAAGUUCGAUUCCUGGCAGUGAAGAUGUUUACUUUAGCAUAGGAAGUAACCCAUCUGGAAAUUCUUCCUUUAAGAAGUUGAAAUGCAAGGAAACACAGGACUUGAAAUCCUUGCUGAUGCAGACUGUGGUUUGUGAUUCUCUGAGUUCUGAAGACAGCAUUCCUUUUGUUUCCUCAAAUAUUUCUGAUUGUAAUAGUAAUACAGAUUUUUACAGUCCUCCGUGUUUAACAAGUGCUUUAGGAAAACUGGCUCUUGAUAAUGAAGUCAGUCAUACUGUAAAUAGAAAGAACGAACUUCUUGAAGAUUUUUCUUCACUUGUGCAAAGUAGAAAACAACAAAGCCCCUCUUCAGACAUGGCUGCUUUGCCAGUGUUAAGGUCUGGAAGUACAUCAUUGGCUGACUUACUUCAGGAGCACCAGGAAAGCAGUGCUAGCCACUGUUAUUCUUUGGCUGAUCUUUAUAGCCAGUCAACAGCAAGUCUCACUGAUAAGAAAUUGGGAACCUCACCAUUAUCACGACUAGUAAGUCAACCCCAAACUUCAGGUGGGAUGCCAGAGCUAACAGGAUCUUUGUCUUCUCUAGCCCUCUCUAAAGUUUCUCCACUAAAGGAAGUUGAGAAUUUAUCACUCUCGGAUUUAAUAGCAGAGACUAUUGAAGUAGAUAAAACUCAACAAAGGACAGACGUCCCCAUGCUGAAUGUAGCUGAAUCGAGGCCCUCUAAAAGAACCAGCAUUGAUUUAAGUGCCCUUGUGAAAAAUGCAGGUGUAUCUGCAGAAGAAAAUGUGGUAGGACAGUCAAAUAUUUUAAGCCCCGAAACUAAACUUUUAAAAGAAAAACAAGGAAAAUGUUCUGGUUUUGCCAAAACAAAUAAAAAACCCAAAAGAGGGCUUACUCCUAAGAGGCAGGAUUUGUCCCUUUCAUGGAUGAAGGCACUGCGUGCAAGACCUUCAGCUUUUGCUUUAACCUUGUGUCUCCGUUAUCCUCCAAAAGGUUAUAAGCGGCACACAAUUGGCAUGCAUAAAGCUUUCCUAUACAGCAGACAAGUACAAGAUGUAAAACCCAAGGAAACUGGUCCUAUAAUAGCCAUAACACCAUUUGACUUCAAAUCAGCAUCUCCUGAUGAUAUUGUCAAAGCUAACCAAAAAAGAGCUUUUACCAGAGAGUAGUGAAAAAAAAAAAAUAAAAAAAAUCAGUGUUUGUAUCUUGGUAUAUUAAAAACCCUCUAAUUAUAUAGGACCUAUUUAUAAUCCAGAAUUGAAUUUUUUUUAUUUUUUUAAUUGACAUAUUACAGUUCUCACUGUUUGGUAACAAAUUUGUAUGUGAACUUUUAACCUGUUGCACUGAAUAUCUUUAUUUUUGCCUAAUUUUCACUGACAAUUUAACAUUUUUAACUUUUGCAAAGUCUUGAACUUUAGAUACUGCAUGUAUAAAAUUCUAUAAACACCAUUAGACUUCUUGAAACACCUCUUUAGGUGUUGAAGAUACAGUUCAUUGGGAAGAACACUGAAUUAUUAUUUUGUAAAGUAAUUUAGUUUUGCUAUGUGGUGUAUAGUUUGGGGAGUGGAAACCUCAGUUUAUAUUACGACUGUUUUAUUAAAUGUUCUUAAAGUUAGGUUUUCUGAUAAGGUAUGUUAUUAAACUGCCAGUCUUGUAAUUGGUAUUUUCCAGUCAAUGUCACUAUUCUCUUCUAUCUUUAUACUGAUUACAAUAUUACAACAGAAAUACCUUUAGUUUUUAAAAGCCUCGCUAACCUCAGGUUUUGACAGUUUUAGUUGUGAUAGGACAUACAUAGUUCUUGAUGGGACCAAAUUUGUAGGGGAGCAAGCAAUUAAAAUUGUGUGUCUCCCCCCCCCCCCCGUUUAUUCUCUAAUCAGCUGUCAAAAUGUGAUAUUCAGAAUUUUAAAAUAGCUAUUUUGUAGGUAUAUACAUGUUGGAUGUAUUUCAUGAGAAGUUUCACUAGGAUUCUAUGGUUUAUUCUCAAGUCUUUCAGAAAAGUAUUGGAAUAACAGUUCUUUCAACUUUAGCAUGAGAGUCUUUGCUCAAUGGAAAAAAAAAUCAGGCAAAGCAUAAGUGCUGUUUGUGUCUGCCUCUUGUCUGUUUUGAAGAAAGCUUCCUUUAGUAAUGGAAAUAUAUUAUCUUCUACUGUUUGCACCCAUUGCUGUUACUUUGAAUCUUUAUAUGGAAGAUCAGAAUCAGGACAUUCUGGAGUUAUUUUUUUUUAGCUGAUAAUUACCAGAUUCUGGUGCCCCGUUAGUCAAAUUAGUAACUGCAUGUAUGUUUCAACUUUCCUUUUAGUACACAUUACUACUUUUAUUUCCAGUGUCAAUGUCAGUAUUUUAGAUCCUGAACAGCAAUAAGUGCAAUAAAGGUACUGCUGCAACUAGAAAAAUACGUUUGUUCAUAUACUGCCAUACGCUUAUUCAUGCUAAACUUGGCAGCUAGUAUGGAACAGUAGAUAUAAUUUUCAUCUAGUUUUAAUCUAAUUUUUGUUGAGCAUGUUGCAUCAAAAAGAAGACAAAAACUUUAAGUUUAUUCCUGACUUCAGGUUGCACUACAAUUUUGUUACUAAAUAAAAAUAAAACAUGUUCCAGUGCUCUCAGGUACAAAUUUCAUGUUCUGUAUAUUUUUGCUUGUUUGUCUAGUUGAUGCUAUUGUCAUUUAGGACUGAGCAGUGUGACCUCUGACCUCUUAAAUGAAAUUAAUGUUUCUUACCCUUACUAAUAAAAGUUUUAUAUAAUGACAA